AUCGGGACUCGCGUCUGUCAAGAGUGCGCGAAUACGAGAACUGCCGGUUGUUCAGCGUAAGCGGCGAAGACAGAAGAGGCGGCGGGAAGAGCUCGGGGACACACAGGUGGUGGCGCGCGACACCGGGUGAACCCCGCCGCCACCGCGAUAAAAAGAAAUGAAUAUUGGCAGAAUGAGCUAUAGAAGAUCGUCCUGCCGCAGUCGAGUGUCACGCGCCGUCACUUCCGGCAUCAGCAGGCUCGUCAGGCAAUCCAGACGAAAACAGUCGGCGAGAAUCAGGAAAUGCAUGUGUCUGCCGUCCAAUUACGCUCUCGUCGAAUUUCCCGUAAUCUGGUCCGAGCUAAGGGCUAACCAGCAGCUGUGCGACGGCGUUAUAAGAUGCCCAGGGGAUCAAGUCUUCCCAGUUCAUCGCGCUAUUUUAUCCGCGGUAAGCCCUUACUUCAAGGCUCUUUUCACCAACAGUCUGAAAGGCGGCAAAACCGAGACUACGGAAGUUGUCAUCAGUUCCGUACCCGGCGAGAUUUUCAGUCUGAUCCUCGAUUACGCCUACACGGGCACUUGUAACGUUAAUGCGGACAAUGUCGAACAAUUGCUGCCGCUCGCUGAUCGGUUUGAGGUGCUCGGAAUCGUUCAGCUCUGUUGUCAGUUUCUGUUGCAGGAACUACGACCAGAAAACUGCUUAGGUAUCUUCAAAUUCGCGCGUCACUACUUCUGCCGCGACCUCGAGAAACAAGGCCGGAAGUACAUACGACACCACUUCAAACGGAUACUGCAGGAGAGCUCGGAGUUCAAGGAUCUUCUUUGCGACGAGCUGGAAGCAAUAUUGCGCGACGACGAGCUCAACGUUAAAAACGAGGAGAUUGUGUUUGACGCCGUCAAGAUAUGGGUCGAAAGCAAAGUCGAGGAUAGACGGGUUUAUUUGCCGAAGCUGCUGGAAUGUAUACGUUAUGGCCUUCUGAGUCAUAAGUAUUUUAUUAAUAACAUCGCCAACUGGAAGCUCGUCGAGAACGACGAAGCGUGUCAAAAAAUAUUGCGUACCGUCGACGCUUAUCUGAGCGAGCAAGAUUUGAAACAGACCGGCGAAGUUGACUUAAAGAAUCCUCUUGCAACACCCCGAAUCCCAUACGAAAUUCUCUUCGCGAUUGGGGGAUGGAGUGCCGGUUCGCCGACCAGUUUCGUGGAGACAUACGACACAAGAGCUGACAGAUGGUUUCUAUCAGUGAACACGGAUGUAACGCCGAGGGCCUAUCACGGUCUGUGCGUUCUGAACAAUCUAAUUUACAUGAUCGGCGGAUUUGACGGCAAUGAGCAUUUCAAUACGGUGCGAUGUUUCAAUCCGGUGACGAAAGAUUGGCGGGAACGAGCCUGCAUGUAUCACGCCAGAUGUUACGUCAGUGUUUGCACGCACGGUGGCAAGAUUUAUGCUCUCGGCGGUUACAACGGCCGCACGAGGAUGAGUUCCGGCGAGCGAUACGAGCCGCAGCGGAAUCAAUGGGAGAUGAUACCGUCCAUGCAUCGGCAGCGAUCGGAUGCGAGCGCGGCCGCUCUGCACGACAAGAUCUACAUUGUCGGCGGCUUUAACGGUCAAGAGGUCCUCGAUUCGGUCGAAGUCUUCAAUGUGGAGACCAAUCAGUGGACCAACAUCCGUCCGAUGAUCAGCCCGCGAUCCGGCGUCUCUCUGGUCGCGUUUCGCGACAGCCUGUACGCUCUCGGCGGAUUCAGCGGCGUCGCCAGAUUGAGCUCCGGAGAGCGUUACACUCCAGACCAUUCGGAUCAGUGGCACGAAAUCGCUGAAAUGUUCAGCCCACGCAGCAACUUCGCCACGGUGAUCCUCGACGAUAUGAUUUUCGUCAUUGGCGGUUACAACGGAUCGAGCACAAUCGCGUACGUCGAGUGCUAUGAUGCGGAUUACAAUGAAUGGUACGACGCGUCUCCCAUGAAUCUUAGCCGCAGCGCACUCAGCGCUUGUGUGAUAGCGGGUUUAGCGAACGCGCGGGAAUAUUCCUAUCUGGGCAAAGCGCGCGAUCUCGGUCAAGGACAGGCUACUUCGAAGAGUCGGGGAAAGACGUCCGAUCAGCCCGGUGAGGGUUCCGCGGAGACUAACGUCAUAAUCUCCGCGCAAGAGGACGGGCAGAUCGACGUGAACGAGUCGGAGGAGCGUGUUGCGAACUCGGCCGACGACGGUAUGGCCGACGGGAUAGUACAUUUCUACGAAGAGGACGACGGCAAUGACGUGGAAGAGAUGCAGGGCGAACCGUUGUACAUUAUACAAGAGCUCGAUUAGAAGAUCGUUUAAAAUUGAAACGUCGGUUAGAAUUCGUGUACUUUUUAACGAAAAUUUGUUAAAACAUUAUUAAACAUAUAUAUAUAUUCCGAUGAGAAAUAUUACUCGGAAUGUUACUUCUGAUAGUCACGCAAAAUCUUCACACAAUAUCGCGAUUCUUCUAACCGACUUUUCAAUCAUCUGACUUCGCGCGAGGAAAAUAUUUCCGUGCUUUUUUUUAUAUUCGCAAAAAUAAGAAAGCGAGCAUUUUAAUGGCCACAUUGUGUUGGAGCCACAAUGUGUCCAUUGUAUUGUUAGUCUAAACUGGCUUCUUAAAUUGUAUAACGGAAUUCAAUUCAUUCGCCGCAGAAAAGAGAAAGCCGAGUUGACGAACAAAAAAAAAAAAAAAANA